AUGAUUCUUCGUGCAGCUGCAAAAUGUUCAAGAGCAGUAGCUACAACGAUUCGUGGCCGUACGAUCACCGUUAGAAGCAGCCUUGUUCGAUACUCGACGCCGUUGAGAUCGAUUCACGGCGAAAUCAGUGUACCAAACACGAAUCAUGUUGCUAUUCAGAUGGUUAAUUACGCUCUUUCUCACGCUAGGUCACAAAGAUCAGAUGAAUCUUAUGCUCAAGGUAUGUUAGUUCUUGAACAAUGUUUUGGGAAUCAAUCGAAUGAUGAUCAGGCUUCUCAAGAUUCUAAAGCAACAGUCUUGCUUGCUAUAGGCAACAUUAAUGAGGCCAUUGAACGCCUCAAGCAAGUCAUGACUCUGACACUGUCGUCGUUGGCUAUUAGAGCUGUUGCCGUGGAAGCCCUUGUUGGUUUGCUGAUUCAGACAGGACAGGAUGAUGCUUCAUUGAAUGUUGCUGACGAAUUUCUGGAAUUGGUUAAAGAGAGAGGCAAUGAUGAGAAUCUUCUGGAUGUGGUUGCUAUAGCUAAAGCGAUCAAAGGCCUCGCUGAGCUUGUGAAAGGAAGUAUUGAAUCCGCCGAAUCUUUAUUUCGAGGACUUGAAACUCAUGAAAUCUGCAAAGGUAACAUUGCACUUUCGUAUGGUGAAUUCUUGCACGCUACUGGGAACUUUGAAAUGGCAAAGGAGAUGUAUCAAAAGGCAAUUCAAGGAGUGGCAGACACCAAAGAAUCUAUGUCUUCUUGUAACAUGAAUUUGAAGGCAGUCUCGUUGGCAGCCAAAUUUGCUCUUGGGCAGCUCGAGUCACACAUCGGAAACUUUGGUGAUGCAGAGGAGACACUCACAAGCGCAUUAACAAGCGCUGAGGAACACUACGGACACAAUCAUCCUAAGGUUGGUGUGAUUUUAACCGGAGUAGCUUUGAUGUACCGAAACAAAGCAAAGCAAGAACGCUCGAGUUCUAUCUUGAUUCAAGAGGGACUCUUCAGAAGAGCGUUGGAGCUCAUGAAAGCACCACCACUGGAUUCAGAAGGGAUAAUAAACAUGGAAACUCAAGAAGUAAUGGCUCUAGCAAGAUGCGGGUACGCGGAGCUACUACUGAUUCAAGAGAACAGAAAAAGCGAAGGAGAGAAAAUGAAAUCAUGGGCUGAAUCUGCAUGGAGAAACAAACGCAUCUCUCUCUCUGAGGCAUUGACUCUCUCCGAGCCAUUAGGUAAAGUAGCAAUCAUAGAUGCUCGCACCACUCGUGUCCUCUAA